AUGAUCAUUUCCCAACCUUUCAUCAACAUCUCCUUCUUCCAGCCACAGUCUUUCCUCAUGAUUGGCAUCCCAGGACUAGAGGCUGUCCACGGUUGGAUCUCCAUCCCCUUCUCCUUCAUGUACACUGUGGCACUCACCGGAAACUGUCUCAUCCUCCUGGCUGUGAGGAGGACCCAUAGCCUACACCAACCCAUGUACUACUUCCUAUCCAUGCUGGCUCUAAGUGAUGUGGGUCUCAGCUUGUCCACGCUGCCCUCCACCCUGGCUGUGCUCUGGUUUGACUAUCGCUUCAUCGACUUCAAUGCCUGUCUGAUCUAGAUGUUCUUCCUACACUCCUUCUCUGUGUUGGAGUCCUCUGUGCUCUUGGCCAUGUCCUUUGACCGCUUUGUGGCUAUCUCCAAUCCACUGCGCUAUGCAUCUGUCCUCACUAACACUGUCAUCAUCAGGAUCGGGAUGGCCAUUGUAGCUAGAGCCACUCUGUCACUAUUCCCAGUGCCCUUCUUGCUGAAGCGACUGAACUACUGCCCUGGCAAGAUCCUCCUGUCUCACUCAUUCUGUUUCCAUGCUGAUGUCAUGAAGCUGGCCUGUGCUGACAUUACUGUCAACAUCCUCUAUGGACUCUAUGUGGUUCUGUCCACAGUGGGUGUAGACUCCUUGCUUAUUGUCAUGUCCUACUCCUUGAUUCUUUACACAGUGAUGGGGCUAGCCUCUCCAAGGGAGCGCGUCCGCACCCUCAACACAUGUGUUUCCCACAUCUUGGCUGUCCUGGUCUUUUACAUUCCAGUCAUAGGUGUGUCCAUGAUCCACCGCUUUGGAAAGCACCUGCCUCACAUUGUUCAUGCCCUUGUUGCAUACGUGUACCUUGUGGUACCUCCUGUGCUCAACCCCAUCAUCUAUAGUGUCAAGUCCAAGCCCAUCAGGGGAGCCAUGUUCAGAGUUCUAAGAGGAAAAGACCAGACCUGA